GUCUUACCUCUCAUCUUUUUUUAUUUUCUCCAGCAAACUUCACUUCAGUAUUUCAAUAUACAAAUCAGCUACACUCUCCUUCGCAUUCAAGAGUAUCAAUUUGCAAUCAUGUCUUCUACAUACGCCCUCCCAAAGUCUCACCAAGAGAUGUUGGAAAAGUCUUUGGUUGAGACUGAUCCUGAGAUCGCUGAGAUCAUGAAACUCGAGAUCCAACGUCAGCGUGAAUCGAUUAUUCUUAUUGCCUCCGAGAAUGUUACCUCCCGUGCCGUUUUCGAUGCUUUGGGAUCACCCAUGUCAAACAAAUACUCUGAGGGAUACCCAGGUGCCAGAUACUAUGGUGGAAACCAGCACAUUGACUCUAUUGAGUUGACCUGCCAAGCUCGUGCUCUCAAGGCAUUCAACUUGGAUUCCGAGAAAUGGGGUGUCAAUGUUCAAUGCUUGUCUGGUUCCCCAGCAAACCUCCAAGUUUACCAAGCUAUCAUGAGACCUCAUGACAGACUCAUGGGUCUUGAUCUCCCACACGGUGGCCAUUUGUCCCACGGUUACCAAACCCCCCAGAGAAAAAUCUCUGCCGUAUCAACAUACUUUGAGACCUUCCCAUACCGUGUCAACUUGGAGACUGGUAUCAUUGACUAUGAUCAACUCGAGGCCAACGCUUUGAUGUACAGACCAAAGGUUCUCGUUGCUGGAACAUCUGCUUACUGCCGUCUUAUCGAUUACGCCCGUAUGCGCAAGAUCGCUGAUCUCGUUGGUGCUUACCUCGUUGUUGAUAUGGCUCACAUCUCUGGUUUGAUCGCCGCUGGUGUCAUCCCAAGUCCUUUCGAGCAUGCUGAUAUCGUUACCACCACAACCCACAAGUCUCUCCGUGGUCCUCGUGGUGCCAUGAUCUUCUUCCGCAAGGGUGUCCGCAAGACUGAUGCCAAGACUGGAAAGGAGACCCUCUACGACCUUGAAGGCCCAAUCAACUUCUCCGUCUUCCCAGGUCACCAAGGUGGACCACACAACCACACCAUCACAGCUCUUGCUGUUGCCCUUAAGCAAGCCACAACUGAUGACUUCAAGAAAUACCAACAGCAAGUUGUUGACAAUGCUAAAGCUCUCGAGAAUGAGUUCAAGCAAUUGGGCUACAAGCUUGUAGCUGACGGUACUGACUCACACAUGGUUCUCCUCGAUCUCAGAGCACAAGCACUUGACGGUGCCCGUGUUGAGGCUGUCUUGGAGCAAAUCAACAUUGCUUGCAACAAGAACUCUAUCCCAGGUGACAAGUCUGCUUUGACCCCUUGCGGUAUCCGUAUUGGUACCCCAGCUAUGACCAGUCGUGGAUUCGGUACUGAGGACUUCAAGAGAGUUGCAUCAUACAUUGAUCAAAGCAUCAAGAUCUGCAAGGAAGUUCAAGCUGCUCUGCCAAAGAGUGACAACAAGCUCAAGGACUUCAAGGCUAAGGUCGCCGGUGGUGAAGUUGAGAAGAUCAAUGAAUUAAGAAAGGAGAUUGCUGAGUGGGCCAGCAGCUUCCCUCUCCCAGUUGAGGGCUGGAGAGAGUAAAUGUUUGAUAAUUUGGCAUUUGGUUAUGGUGUUCAUGGUUUGGGUGUGGGUAAGAAAAAGCAAUUAGGAUUCAUCAUUUGCAGGCGCUACUUCUUUUGACUGACUCAACGUCGUCAUGAUAUACCAGGGAGUGGCAGGGGGUUUAUGAAGGAAAAAAAGUUUAGAGGUCGAGUUCAAUAGACCAUAUGAGAUACCUAGAUAGAAAAUCAACUGUUUCUAUCGUCACUUUGUAUUGAAGUAUUUUGUAUUGCGUUUCAGAGACCAAAACGUGAAUGUUUAUUCAGUGAACAGAUUACGGACGUAGUACCACCUACCAUUUCUACCUUCUGGACAUACAUUACACAUUAUGGGCGCUCAACAAACUGCGAGAGAGAUAGAUUUAGGUUAGGAACUAACCAGGAUAAUUAGGUAAAAUACUACCUAGGCAGGUCGAUAAUAUGGUUGAUUA